GUGGUUCAGGAGUAUGAGAGAGCUGUUAUUUUUAGACUUGGCAGACUUAGGAAAGGGGGAGCUAAGGGCCCUGGAAUAUUCUUCAUUAUACCGUGUGUAGACUCCUACAAGUGUGUUGAUCUUAGAACUGUAUCAUUCGAUGUUCCACCACAGGAGAUUUUAUCCCGGGACUCUGUGACAGUUAGUGUUGAUGCAGUCGUCUACUUUAAUGUGAUAGAUUCAGAACAAGCACUUUGCAGUGUUGAUGAUUUUAGUCAUUCUACUCGCUUACUGGCAGCGACUACACUCAGAAAUGUACUCGGUACUAAGAAUUUAGCUGAGAUCCUGUCAGAUCGGGAAACCAUAGCUCAUAUCAUGCAGAGUUCAUUAGACGAGGCAACUGACCCAUGGGGUGUAAAAGUGGAAAGAGUUGAAAUAAAAGAUGUGAGGUUGCCUGUACAAUUACAAAGAGCUAUGGCAGCAGAAGCAGAAGCAGCUAGAGAAGCUAGAGCUAAGGUAAUAGCAGCUGAGGGAGAACAGAAAGCUUCACGUGCACUGAAGGAAGCAGCUGAUGUUAUUCAAGAGAGCCCAUCUGCUUUACAGUUGAGAUAUCUGCAAACUCUGAACAGUAUAGCAGCAGAACAUAACUCUACAAUCAUUUUCCCCAUGCCUAUCGAGCUAAUAGGGUUGGGGAAACAUAUGAAAUAAUUCCCCCAUGCCUAUCGAGCUAAUAGGGUUGGGGAAACAUAUGAAAUAAUUCCCCCAUGCCUAUCAAGCUAAUAGGGUUGGGGAAACAUAUGAAAUAAUUCCCCCAUGCCUAUCGAGAUAAUAGGGUUAGGGAAACAUAUGAAAUAAUUCCCCCAUGCCUAUCAAGCUAAUAGGGUUGGGGAAACAUAUGAAAUAAUUCCCCCAUGCCUAUAAAGCUAAUAGGGUUGGGGAAACAUAUAAAAUAAUUUUUCCCAUGCCAUCAAGUUAAAAAUAUAAUUCAAAAUUUGGCAGUAACUUUGUUAAAACAAUUUCCACCUUGCUUAGAGCUAAUAGGAUUGGUAAAACAUAUAAAAUAUGCACAUUAAGCAAAUAACGGUGGUGAACGAUCUAAACCAAUUUUCCCCAGGCCUAUUGAGAAAACAAAUAAAAGUGAUUUCCUCCAUUUUCAUUUAAAUCCUAUUGUUUUUCUUGACAAAUGAAAAUUAACUUUUAAAAUCCAGUUUUUUAAAGUUAAAAUGUUUUUUUUCCUGCCUGCACUGUGUUCUUGAUUUUAUAAACUUACUGAACUGUUUUGUUUUUUUGUUUGUUCUUGUUUCAAGUUACGUGAAAUAAACAUACUUAAGCAA